ACAACCCGGAAGCACGUGGAAAGAAAAUAGAAAAUGUGACGCUGCUGGUAGUUGCCAACAAUUGUUUGUCAAUUUCAAGUUUAUUGAGUCACGGGAAUAGAGACAGCAUUAUUACCCCCCCGAGGACUUUAAUUAUGUAUUGAUAUAUUAUGCUUGUCAUAUUUAUAUUUGGAAGAUCACCUUUCUAGCAACUGAAAAAGUUAUCCCACUAGUAAGAUAGCUAGCAAGCUAACGUUACUCCACUGAUCUUCUCAACAUGGUUCGAGCGCUAAGAACCAAACGAGCCCCUAAGGUGAAGAAGACGGAACAGUUUGACAAAGAUGACCCUGAAGCAUAUAAGGACAUGCCUGUCCCAGAUAAGAGAUCCUCACAGUAUACGAAGGAUAAGGUCGAUGAGUUCCACGACGACAAAAUCUCGAACCUCCUGGCACGUGGUGUUCAGAUGGACAGUGACCAGGAAGAUGGUGAUGAAGAGGAGGAAGUGAUGGCUCUGGACCUCUCUGACUCAGAGGAUGAUGAAGAGGAGGAGGAAGAGGAGGCUGAUAUGGACAGUGAUCUGGAAGGGAAGAAGGAUGAUGAUCUCCCCAAUGAUAUGGCAUGGGGAAACAGGAAGAAGAUGUUCUAUGACUCUGACUAUGUGGCUGCCAAGGGAAAAUCUCAGCAAGACGUAGAGGCAGAGGAUGAAGAGGAAGAGGAAGAAGCUAAGAAUAUUCAGAGACGAUUGGCUGCCAAUCUUAGCGAGGAGGACUAUGAUCUUAACCUCCUUCAGGAGUUCGCUGUAGAGGAGCAGGGGGUAGAGAAGGGUGUGGAGAAGGAGAGGAUUGUGAAGGACCUGAAGCAGAUGUCCCAGAAGGAGAAGAUGAAGCUGCUGAAGAAAGAGUCACCAGAGCUACUGGAGCUCAUUCGGGACUUUAAGGCAAAGUUGGCAGAGCUGAAGGACGAGCUACAGCCCCUUUUGGAGAUGGUCAAAGAUGGACGGAUCCCACCGGGAAAGGGUGCCAACUACCUCAAGACCAAACAGCAGCUUUAUCUAAAUUACUGCACAAACAUCAGUUUCUACUUGGUCCUGAAAGCAAAGCGUAUUCCCGCACACAACCACCCAGUGAUUGAAAGACUGCUGACUUACAGAAAUCUGAUAAAUGAGAUGGGUGAGGUAGACUCUCGGCUUGCCCCACAGCUGCACCAGCUGCUCUCUGCAGACCAGAAGGAGAAGUCUGCUAGAAAGUCAGAGAGCAGCAAACCGAUCACCAACAAGAAGGUCAAGGUGUCUGAAGAGGCUGGGGCGGAAUCAUCUGAAGACUCAUACUCUGACUUGGAUGAGGAGGCUGCCCUGCGCUUCUACAGAGGAGUGGAGGAGAGGCUGAAACUGAAGAGGAAGAGCAAGGACUCACAGGAUCAGGAAGGAUUGGAGGAGGCAGGAGAUGAAGAGGAGGUGGAUCCAGAUGCAAAGAGACGCAUUAGCUACCAGAUGGCCAAGAACAAAGGGCUUACACCAAAGAGGAAGAAGAUUGACCGCAAUCCCAGAGUCAAACACAGAGAGAAGUUCAGACGAGCCAAGAUCCGCAGAAAGGGACAGGUUCGUGAAGUCCGUCGUGAGGAGACAAGAUACAGUGGAGAGCUGUCUGGUAUUCGUGCUGGGGUUAAAAAGAGUGUCAAACUCAAGUAACCAGCCCAUCUGUUUCCUUUAAGGAAGAUUGUCAACAGUUCCCUGUGGACUGAUUUGUCCAACACAAUGUCCCAACUCUGUCACUUUACUGAUGUACUAUUGUCUGUGACAUUACUCUGACAAUCUGCUUUGUUGUAUUGAAACUGCUAUAAAGUUGUUCUUAAUCAAGUAAAA